ACUUCGGCACUUACAUACCAGCUCGAUCUUGUCUCCAAUUCCUGUCCCCCCAACCUAAUCUACACAAAUAAUUCUUCUAUUGCAAGCUGCCAUGUCCAACAUCAUUCAGAUCCAGGCCGCAACGUACGGGAACCUUAUCACUGUUCUUAGCAUCGAUGGAGGAGGGAUUAGAGGAAUUAUUCCAGCUACAAUACUCUCCUUCUUGGAGUCACUGUUACAGGAGCUCGAUGGUGUGGACGCAAGGCUUGCGGAUUACUUCGAUGUGAUUGCUGGAACGAGCACUGGUGGCCUUGUGACUGCAAUGUUAACGGCACCAAACGAGAAGAACCGGCCUCUCUUUGAAGCUAAAGACAUCAAAACCUUCUAUUUGGAGCACAGCCCUAAGAUCUUCCCGCAACAUCGAGGCCCUAUUGAUGGAGCAUUUAACACCCUCAGACUUUUUAGCGGACCCAAGUAUGACGGGAAGUAUCUUCAUCAGAUUAUUAAGGAAAAACUGGGGAGCUUGAGACUGCACCAGACCUUGACAAACGUGGUCAUACCUGCUUUCGAUAUCAAGCGACUCCAACCCACAAUAUUCUCCUCCUAUGAGGUGAAAAAUAAUGCUCUAUUGGAUGCGGAGCUAUCUGAUAUCUGCAUUAGUACAUCUGCUGCUCCAACUUACCUUCCUGGACAUUACUUUAAAACGAAAGAUUCUGAUGGAAAAGUGAGGGAAUUUAACCUUAUUGAUGGUGGUGUUGCAGCUAAUAAUCCGGCAUUGGUUGCUAUGGGAGAAGUAACAAAGGAGAUUUUUAAAGGGAACCCUGAUUUCUUCCCAAUCAAGCCUACAGAUUAUGGUCGAUUUCUAGUCAUCUCAUUAGGAACAGAUGCACAAAAGAAUGAGGAAAAGCUUGAUGCCAAGGAGGCAAGUAAAUGGGGAAUUUUGGGUUGGCUGCUCAGUGGGGGAUACAAUCCAUUAAUCGAUGCCUUCACUCAAGCAAGCAGUGAUAUGGUUGAUAUCCAUAUAUCUGUGGUCUUCCAAGCCCUACAUUCUGGAUCUAAAUAUUUGAGAAUUCAGGAUGAUACAUUAAAAGGGACAGCAUGUUCNGUUGAUGGAGCAACAGAGGAAAAUUUGGAUAGUCUUGUUAAAAUUGGUGAAGAGCUUUUGAAGAAACCUACUUCAACCAUAAACCUUGAGACAGGUUUAUGUGAACCUAUACACAAAGAAACAAAUGAACAAGCACUUAAAAGGUUUGCUAAGAUACUUUCUGAAGAACGAAGGCUUCGGGAGAUGAGAUCACCAUAUACAAGAGCUUCAAAAGAGCAAGAAUAAAUAUCUUUGAUUUCUCCAUCAUUUUAUUAUCAAAAUGACAUGUCAUGGUUCAGAACUAAUGUUGUAGGGAUAUUUUCUUUUGAAUUUAAUAUUAUGCAGACAUGUUGUUACAUUUCAAUAUCAAAGUCCUAAAAGAUGUGUAAUGUUUCAAUUUUAAUGUCAUUAUUGGGUAAGCAAAUCUUUCAAGCAAUUUUGAGAUGAAA